AUGUUUAUGUUAAAAAAUUUUAGAAAAGAAGCUCUUCCGUUGCGGGGAAUCGAACCCCGGCCUUAUGGGUGAGAGCCAUAAAUCCUAACCACUAGACCACAACGGAUGUGUUCACCUAGACUUAAAAAUCCCAAUAUCAUUUUGCUUUUCCCCAAAAAAAAAUCUGCCGAUGGAAAACAGAUAAAAAUCUUUUUUUUGAUUAUGAUGAAUAUUAUGCAAAUCAUCCAGAUUUCAAUCUGUUUCUGGUUUUCCUUAAAAAAUGCAACAUUUUUCUGCAUAAAAUGAUUUUAUCACAAAAAGUUUGGAAUAAAAAUUAUUAUUCUAGAAAAUAAAUCAGGAAGUUUCUCAAUUUGAUUUGUUAUUCCAAAAAAGUGAUAAAUAGAUAUCCAUCCCAAUCAAAAGGAAAUAAGUUAGUUUCCUCAUCGUCUCACUUUCUUCAUGGGUUUUCUUUCUGCGUUUCUUAUUUUCCUAUUGUUUUUCCACGACUUUCGCUAUCGUAUAAAUAAGUUUUUCUCCACUAAUAGAAAAAAAAACAUAAAAAACAAUAAUAAAUAAAGAUGAGACUAUUUUACAGUCAAAACAACAAGUACCUUUUUAUUAUACUUCAUAUAAUUCAUAUAUUCUGGAUGACCGGGGUUCUGAAAAAUAACUAGACGAAAAUUUUUCAGCUGAAAAAGAGCAAAUUUGAAAAUGAAGAAAAUUUUUUUAAAAUUUUGUUUGAAAAACCGCGUGAAACACGUGUCGUCAUCGCGUAGUCUCGUUGCCAAAAAUUGAUUUUUUUUUCUGCAUUUUCACGUGAAACUCUUUGCACACAAUUUCAAGUUAUUGUCAAGCCCAUUUUGUUUUUACUUUUAGGAUUUAAUUAGUUUCACAUUUCGAUUUUUUCAUCAAAAUCUGAACAUCUCAAGUUAUAAAAUUGUUCCAUUUUUACACUGUUCAAGUCAAGUACAUAAUAAAAUCUUGAAAUCUCAAAAAUCAUAUAUAUAUCGCUUACAACAAACUUCUUAAGACUAAGACAAGGUCAAAAAGUGGGCGGAGCUUUUUUCUUUUUUUUUGCUGCCAACAAAAAAUCUUUCUGCCAAAGUGUAUAUCUGUUUUCCCUCAUUUUUCCUCAUAUGAUUUCCAGCCAUUUCCUCGUUUUACUUAUAAUAAUAUUUUUCACGUUUUCCAUUCACAGUAUUUCUACAGUAGUUUUGCAGCCGAAAUAUUAUGAUUUAGAAAUUCGAAGAGACAAGAGAUAUGGUAAGUUCUAUAGAAUUUGAAAAAAAUUCUGAAGUUUUUUAGUUAUUCGUGGCAAACGCUGGAAAAAACAUAAAUUUCGAUGGCAAUUAUCACCGGAAAAUCUGCUAGAACAUGAUAUUUUUAUAGUGAGGUACGGUAGAUUACUGUAACUUUUAUAUAAAUAUCAAAUAUUACUGUAGAAAUACUUUGCAUCGAGCAAUGAAUGAAUGGUCGAAAGUGUCAUCUGUAGAAUUCGAGGAAAUUCCGAUUGAUGAAAAAGAGACAAAUAUUGAUUUGCAAAUUGGAUUCGAGAAGGGAAAUCAUGGAGAUGGUUAUGAAUUUGAUGGGAAAGGUGAGAUUUUGAAAUAGGAAAUUAUAUUGAAACUAAGUAAGAAGAUGAUCAGAUGGUGUUGUUGCUCACGCAUUUUAUCCAAGAGAUGGCAGAUUGCAUUUUGAUGCUGAUGAACAAUGGAGUUUGAAUACGGAUAAAGGUGUUAAUUUAUAUCAAGUGAGUGGGUUUUGGGGGGGGGGGGAUUUAAAAAAAAAAGUAUUAUUUCAUGUUUCGGUCAUUCCUAAAAUUUAUACUAAAUCGAUUUUAAUUUUUCACUCUUUAAUGGCCGUCCCAAAAACGAUCCUGAAGUCAAAAAGGAGCUCCAAAGUUGAAAUUCAAUUUUAUUUUUGCUCAUGUUCCUUUGAGAAUUCGAAUAGGCGUUUAGGAAAUAAGAAUUAAUUAAUUUCUUACUGCAAACGUUCUUAUUAAAUUUUAACACUGUUAAUUAAGGUCAUUAGAUUGAGGUGAAUUUUAGUCAAAUUUUAGCACUAUUAAAUUAUAGGUAAUUUUUUGUGGAUUUUUAACACUGUUAAAAUUAAAGAUGAAUUCUAAGGUAAUUUUAAAACUGUUAAAAUUGAAGAUGAAUUUUAGGGUAAUUUUAACACUGUUAAAAAUAAGUUGAAUUUCAAGGUAAUUUUAACAAUGUUAAAUUUUGGGUGAAUUUUAAGGUAAUUUUAACACUUUUAAAAUAAAAGAUGAGUUUUAAGGUAAUUUUAACACUGUUAAAUUUUGGGUGAAUUUUUAACACUGUUAAAAAUAAGGGGAAUUUUAAAACUGAUGAAUUUUUCUAACAUUUCAAUAGAAAAUUGUUCAGAGUUAUAAGAACUCAAAAUUUUCCAGACCGCCGUCCAUGAAAUCGGUCACCUUCUCGGCUUAGAACAUUCAAUAGACAAUCGAGCAGCGAUGUUUGCAGCAAAACGACCCUAUGAUCCGAAUUUUGGCUUGGGUUAGUUCAAAUCUCAUUUCAUAUCAUUCCCCAAUUUUCUUGAUUUGCAGGCGAUGAUGAUGUUCGAGCAAUUCGAAAUCUCUUUCCAAUCGACGAUCUCGAAACAACUCCAGAUCCCGAAUUUAUUCAAAAAGAGAUGAGUGAAGAACAAGAAGAUCCAUUCGAAACCACUACAGUAACCCCAACAACUACAGUACUACCUUUAAAGGAACACCACCCUUCAAGCUUCGAAUCAUUUUUCCCAUUUCCACUUCCAUCUUUGGAACAUUUUCAAAGAAGAACUGAUUGGUUUGUACAUUAG